AUGUUGAUUCCAAGUACUGUAAAUCCAAAUAUAAUUAAAGUAUACAAAACACCAUCUUUUAUAUUAGAUAGAUAUAAGAGUCGGUUAAUAAGUGCCAACUUUGAUUGGGAAGAAGGUGUACCGAAAACGUUAAGUGAACUGUGUAUAAUUAGCAUUGCUGAACACUGGGAAGAAAAUCCCAUUUUAAAUGAAAUAGUCGAACCCAUCGACAAAUAUCUGUUGUUAGAUAUUUUGUCUGUUGAUCUACCUCUUAAGUUAACAGUUCCAUUAAUAGAAGAAGAUGUUUAUUGGAGAAGAUGUUUUAUAAACAAGUGGCCCAAAAAAAUUCCCUUGGAUGUAGCAGAAGUAGAAAGUUAUGAAAUUGUAAAAAUAAGUUCAUCCAGAAAGUCUAGCAUAAACGAAAGCAUUAACAGUAGAAGAAGUAGUAGGAGGAGUUCAAAAGAAGAAAGAAGAAAGUCCUCCCUCAAUCUUGAACAAAAACGAAGUUGGAAGGAGUGCUUCUUCGAAAUGUACGUUAAAGAAUAUUUAGAAACGAUGAAACCUGAAAAUUAUGAUGCAGAAAAGGUAAAAGAAUUAUCGGAUCUUUGUGGCUCAUACAUCAAAAAAUUGAACAUAGAUGAAUUACAAUGUUCUGAGAAUUCAUGUUAUAGAAUUCCUCUUAAUCCGAUAUUGAUGGCCUUCCAAAAUUUAAAAGAACUGUCAAUUUGCUUCAAACAGAAAUACGUGGGUGAGAAUUUUUCCUGGAAUGUUGUAACCACAACAGAAAAUGAAAUUAAACUUUUGGCCAAAGGAUUGGAACAAUGUCGGUUAAAUAUUUUUAGGCUCUUAAAAUCAGAUAUAGACUGCAACAAGGUGGAAAUAAUAUUGAUAGCAUUGAAAAAGCAUGACCAUUUACGUAUUAUGGAUUUUUCUCAUUGUAAAAUUUCUGAUCGUGGUGCAUUGGAAAUUUCUCGAUUUCUUAUCGAUUCCCCUCUUAGAUAUUUAAUAUUAACCAAUAAUAAAAUAGGACUAGAUGGUGUAAAAGCCUUAUGUUAUGGAUUAUCAUGCAGAAGUUGCAAAUUAAAUUUAUUAGAUAUAAGACUUAACCAUAUUUGUAACGAUGGCGCUAAUUUUAUUAUGAAAACUUUGGCUUUUAAAGAUGUUAAUCUGAAAACAUUAAUAAUUAGCAGCUGUGGAAUUACCAAAAUUCCUUAUAUGGAAGAAAUGAUUAAAGUAAACAGAAAUUUACAAACUUUAGACAUAUCUAAUAAUAAUAUUGGUGAGGAAGCGGGAAUAUUAAUUUUGGAUUCGCUUAAUUAUAACAAAAGUUUAAAAUUCGUGGAUAUAAGAAUGUGCAAAAUCACUUCAUUAACUGAAUUAAAUAUAAAAAAUAAAUUAGAACAAACCCGAAAGAAGAAAACUGCUGCUCAACAAUAUAUUAUGGACAGUGAAAUGAAAAUCCAGUUUGAAAAUGAAUUACUAAAGGAAGAGGUGUAUUUUAAAUAA